CGUCACGGCCGAGGGAGACGUGUCAAUCGGACUUUCACAACAACAUGACAACGAUGCGGAAUCUUUUGGCGUUUUUGGCCAUUUCCUCCGUCUUUAUGGCCACGGAGGGGUAUUUCAUCACCAUAGACGCACACGCAGAGGAAUGCUUCUUCGAGAAAGUCACGACGGGCACGAAAUUAGGACUGGCCUUUGAGGUAGCUGAGGGUGGCUUCCUGGACAUUGACAUCAAAAUCUACAGCCCUGAUGGCAAGAUCAUUCACGAGGGCGAGCGCGAGUCCAAUGGGCGCUACACCUUCCCCGCCAGUAUGGAUGGUGUUUACACCUACUGCUUCUCCAACAAGAUGUCCACCAUGACUCCCAAGAUUGUCAUGUUCUCCAUGGAUGUUGGGGUGACUGAAGAAAAGACCCAUGGGGAGACUGCUGAAGGUGCUGCAGAAGGGGAUUGGCCCGUCGAUCAUAUCCAGCAGACAGAGUGGCAUGGUGAGGUCCACAACGACACAGAUUGGUAUCUGCAGAAUGGCAGUGAUAAAGGUUUGUCAGUUCACAAGUUGCCAACACUGUCUGUAUUUUUGUUUCAAUCUGUUUUGCUUUUCCUC